AUGUCGAGUGGAUCCUCACCCUUCAGAUCCUCCAAUCCCGGCACUUAUGACCCCCGAGGCGAUUGGGAGUCCUCUCCCAUGUACCAGGCCAUAUCGGGUCGUCUGGCACAGAAUGAAUCUGCCCUGUCUGUCCUAUCUACCCAAGUCGCUCAAUUGACAUCGCUCGUCAAAGCAGCCUUACCUGGAACCUUUCCCAACCCUGUAUUCUCACCCUUUGAAGAUCCCCAAUCGUCAGGCGGUCUGGCGGCGGCGGCGGCUCAAUCAUCCGCCGGUCACUCACCCUCCGGAUCCAGUGAUGCAUCAUCCAUCACCGCUCUCACUCAACAGAUCUCUGCACUGUCCACUUCCGUCGCUCAACUCCAACGCCUACAACAAAGUCAAGCUCAUGCCUCACGCCAAAACUCGUUCACGCGACCUUCGCUCGGGGCCACAGAGAGGUAUUCUAAUGGAGGGGGGAUCACCCGACCACUUCAUGCCGAACCGAGAAAUUUGGGAGGAGGAGGAGGUAACCCCAGUAUACCCUCGGGUGCAAGCGCUGGCAGUGGUCGACUGCAAUCUCCCGGACCGUCCAUGCUCAAUGGACCCGCUCAAUCCCUCUUAAACCACCAGGCGGGUAGAGACUUUAGUCCACCCGUCCGACCUCACGGCUCGCGUGCAGUGUCUACGGCCUCCGCCGCGACGCUGGGUGGUGGAAUGCCAGGACUCGAUACAGAUAAAUGGGGACCUCCAUCAUUCGGUUUAAACACUGGUUCUCGCGAUUGGUCCCCUGGUCCUGCAUUCGGUCGACCCGAUCCAUCCAAUCUGACACCUGGGACCCAGAUGAAUGGACAGACCACGCCAGGUGGAUACUUUCAGAACACAGGGCCAGGCACACCGGGAGGUGCUGCCGGGCCACCCUCAGGAGGUCCUUCGAACGGCAACGUCAUCACCAAAUGGGACCAGUUGAACCUCAAGGCGGAUCUGGUACGAUCCAUCGGCAAGUACGGCAUCGGCCCCCCGAACAAGAUCCAAGCGCGGGUCCUCCCCUUCAUGCUCAAAGGGUCCGAUGUGAUCGCCCAGGCGCCACCCACUCAAGAGCGGAUCAUCUCAUACGUCGUCCCGGCGUUGCAGCUCUGCCUCACCGUCGCACCCCACACGACAUAUCGCGGUCCAACAGUGGUCGUCAUCACCACAACAGUAGACCAAGCAGCACAGUGUCAUAAACUCGUACGAAGCAUCGGUGCACCACUCGGGAUCCGAUCCGCUCUGGCCACUGGCGCCGCCGGAUCAUCAUCACUCCAAGAUGAGAUCGCGUCCAUGCAGCACGACAAUAUCCAUCUACUGAUCGGGACACCGGCAAAAGUCAACGACGUGCUCACAUCGCGUGGGGCCUUGGCAGGCUCGCACGUGAGGUUGCUGAUCCUUGACGAAGUGGAUCAACUAAUCGCCCGUAAUCUCUACGAAAACGUCUUGUCCGUCGCCAAAGUCCUCCCGUCACCUUGGCGCGGAGGUAUCGGCGCUGCAGCCGUAAACGCCCCCGUUCCCACUUUCUCCCCCGGUGCAUCGCUCGGCAUGGCCAGUCCUUACGAUCCAGGCCAGCACUCGCCGUUCAACCCGGCAAGCAAGACCCCCUUCCCAAAUCAACAAGCCGCUCCUCCAGGCGUUGGCUCUAGGUUCGGCGCCCCCGGCACGACCUCGGGCGGCGCCGCGGCGGCACCAGGUGCCCAAGCCGAAAUUGAGAGGCAGACGUGCAUCUUCUCCAACACCAUCCCAACGGAUGUCAUCAACUUUUCUCAAUCGCUCAACGUCAGGGACCCCGUCCGAGUGCUCGUCCGACGCGAAGGCGGACCCAAUAGUCAAGAAUCAGUAUCAUCCGUCACGCCUGGGAUCAACCUCAAACACACCUAUGUCUACCUCACCAUCACUGGCUCUGCUCGGUCCGAUGCACCUGUACAGAACGAAGGGCCCGGAGCGAUUGGGUCUGGCCGAAACAACGUCAGCGCAAACGGUCCUCAGGCAGAGGAAGCGAAUCGUGCGAAAGAGUACAAACUCGAUACGUUGGUCAAAAUGCUGGAAGACUAUCCGCUAUGGCAGGCGGUUAUCCACGUCGGGACAUUCGCCAUGCUCGAAGCCGUCGUCUACAGGUUGAGCAAUCGUCAAUGGGAAACAUUGUAUCUUUCCCCCGAUAUGCCCCCGCCUCAGAAAAAGGCAGUCCUCCAGAACUGGCGAUCGUCCGUGGCUGGUAGUAAAGGACCCAGAUUCCUCGUCAUCUUUGAUGUCGUGGUGAAACCACCGGAUAUCCCUUGGUCUCCUCUCGUGAUCAACUUUGACCUACCCAGAUCCGUGGAAGGUUACGCGCAACGUGCUGCCGCUGCUUUACCUCCCAACGGUCGGAAUGCCGGAUCGGUCAAUGGCGUCAUUGUCAGCUUUGUCCAGGCUGCAGGGGGUGAUGUGGAGAUGUUGCGAUCGACCGAAUGUGCAUACCGCUUCAAGUCGGCCGAAAUCCCGUCCGUCUUUCACGAUUUGUUUCAGCAGCACUAG